AAAAUAACUAAAAAUAUUGUUAUUCUAUCAUUAACACAAACUCUUAACUUUCACUGUGUACCCCCAUUAUUAAUAAAAACGUACAACCUUUAUAAUGAAAAUAUGCGUAUUCUCAACAUAUUUUGAAACAACUUCAAACAUUGUAUUUCUAUUAUUAACACAAACUCUACACUUCCAUUUUGCACUUCCAUUACUAAUAAAAACGUUCAACAUUUUUAAUGAAAAUAUGGCGUAUUUUCAACACAAACUUUUAACUUUCAUUUUGUAUUCCUACUUAAAAAAAAAACAUACAAGAUUUAGAAUUAAAGUAUGCCCAUUAUCAACGAAAACGAGGCACUUUCCAACUUUCACAUAAAAGUUAGAAAAAAAAUUCGACUUCUCAAAGACCAUACAUAUCGGAAAACCCGUCGACAUGUUCACUAUUUUUUCUUACAAUAACCAGACCCUCGACAACCUACGCCACAAACAGCUCACGGCGCAGCGGCAAGAUAAGGAUGUCGUUGUCGUCCCUCCGGCCUCCGUCUCCGAAGCUUCGCCGCCUCGGAACUCUGGAAACGGCGGUCGCUGUCUCCCUCUACGACCACAACGCCGGUCGCUGACUCCCGCGCGGCCGCGGUAUGUGAAGCUUCGCCGCCACCGUUCUCUGGAAACCGCCGGCAGAGGAUGGUGGGUCGUAAUGGCUUUUUUCAAAUGCACGAAGAGAGAGAUAGGGUCGGGUUGUUACAUAUGGUAAGUUAGUGGCGUGGUUAUAGUCAAAUUACCAUUUUUAGAAAUAAUUACAAUAAUUAUUAACAUUUAAUAAAAACGGAAAUCACAAAAUUACCCUUUUAUGUAGUUACGGGUUAGUUAUAUGCCUCCAUCUCUCUCCUCUUCCUAUUGGUCAGAAAAGGUUUAAGAAACUCCUUAAGUUUGAGGCUUAAGGACGUGAUCCAACCCGCUUGGAUAACAAAAACCUCUUAUUUAUCAUUCAUAUUUUCAAGAGUGUUUUCACGUUUCUAACCCUUAAACAAUCUUCAUUAUUCCUUCAUUCAAUUUUUUGAAUAAGAACUAUACGAUUAAUGUACUCGACUAUACACCUAAAAGGCUAAAACUAUACCAACAAUUUAUGACCAUGAUUUUUUUGGUUAGGUGCGUUAAUCUCGGGUGUCAAAUGUACUUAGCUAAGAUGUAAGACGCUUAACGCAUAGCCCAAUGAUGAUCCUCAAGAAAGCUAAUGAUAUGUAGGCAAUUUUAUGUAAUAUUUUGAGCAUUUUUUAAUUUUGGCGAGCAAUAUUUUGGCAUGAAAAUGACUCUCUUUUUCCCUAAAUCAUUAAAAAUUAUGCUAAUAAAGAUAUAGGUACUUA